UGUCCUGGGUAGCUUGAGGACACGGGGCUGGGCAGGUGCCGAGAGCCCGCCGCCUCGCUCCCUCCUCCCCCUUCUUGCCGCUUGGCCCCACCCCGCCUGGCCGAGCCACUCGGCGCCGGAAGCGAGGGGCCUCCGCGGCCUACGUGCGGCAGCCUGCUCCGCUUGCGCCCACGCCUUCUGCUCCAAUUGCUUUCCCAACCAAGCGGCAAAGCCGGGGUCGUGUUGCCGGGGCCCUGGGAAGCGGGGCGCAUGGGCACUGCGCCUGGAGUCCAUCGCUGCGCCUUCCCGCCCACGGGGCGUCCGGUCACCGUCCCUGAAGCCCCAGCCUGCCAGACCGGAGCCCAUACUGACGUCAAGGGUAAAGGCGACCAGAGGCAUCUCAGUGGCACAACCAGGACCCCUGCCCCUAGUGGGGCUUUCGGUGUGCAACCGUGGGUCCUGAGCAGGGAACUUCCUUCCCCCGCCCCUUGCUUACCGUUCUGCAACUGUCAGUAAACAGUUACACCCUACCGUGUGUUAAGCAUCAGGAGUUACAGGGCUUGAGGUCAGCUCUGGAAGACUUGAAAGUGAGGUUGUUGGGGGUAGGGGUCUGAUUGAGUGUGUGUGCGCGUGUGCGUGUGUGUGUGUGUAGAAACUAACCCAGCACCUAGUGCAGUGCCUCUCAACCAGUAAGCCCUCAAUAAACCUUCGCCGAAUGAAUGAGAAGGUAGGUGGAUGAGGGAGCCGGGCUAGAGAGGGCAGCUCUACUCAUCCCACCCCUGCCUCCCCUGAGCGCAAGCCGACAAAAAUAAUGAGGUUAAGCCUUUAAUCACAGCUGGUUUCACGGGCAGGUGGAUAGGGAAGAUCCAGGAAAGGCAGCAAUCCUGGGGACACAGUGUGCUGGCCUGGCUCACGGACACUGCCUCCCUCUCGGACGCCCUCCAGGCCCCCACAGCUUGGGCGUCAGUAAUCUACUGUUUUCUUGUCUCCCUCAGGACACCGGGUUCCCUAGGAGCCACCCCAGGCUUAAUGAUUGUCCAGAAGGUGCCUAUAAAGGGAGCCUGGGAGGCUGGGUGGAGGAGGGAGCAGAAAAAGCCCAACUCAGCAGAUCUGAGCACUUGAGAGCCUCAAUCAGGAGCCGUGGUCAGAGGCUCUGUGUCCCGGCCAGUAGGGCCUGCUCUUUCCCACCAUGGCGGCCCGAGGCUACGGCUAUUACCGCACUGUGAUCUUCUCGGCCAUGUUUGGAGGCUACAGCCUGUACUACUUCAACCGCAAGACCUUCUCUUUUGUCAUGCCGUCGCUGGUGGAGGAGGUCCCUCUGGACAAGGAUGACUUGGGGCUCAUCACCAGCAGCCAGUCGGCAGCCUACGCCAUCAGCAAGUUUGUGAGCGGGGUGCUGUCUGACCAGAUGAGUGCUCGCUGGCUCUUCUCUUCCGGGCUUCUCCUGGUUGGCCUGGUCAACGUAGUCUUUUCCUGGAGCUCCGCAGUACCUGUCUUUGCUGCUCUCUGGUUCCUCAAUGGCCUGGCACAGGGGCUGGGCUGGCCCCCAUGUGGCAAGGUCCUGCGGAAGUGGUUUGAGCCAUCUCAAUUUGGCACUUGGUGGGCCGUCCUAUCAACCAGCAUGAACCUGGCUGGAGGGCUGGGCCCCAUCCUGGCAACCAUCCUCGCCCAGAGCUAUAGCUGGCGCAGCACGCUGGCCCUGUCUGGGGCACUGUGUGUGGUUGUCUCCUUCCUCUGUCUCCUGCUCAUCCACAAUGAACCUGCUGAUGUUGGACUCCGCAACCUAGACCCCACACCCUCCAAGGGCAAGAAGGGUAGCUCCUACAUGAGUGCCCUGGAGGUUGGGGGCCUUGUAGGCAGCAUCGCAGCUGGCUACCUGUCAGACCGGGCCAUGGCCAAGGCACGGUUGUCCAUGUACGGGAACCCCCGCCAUGGCUUGCUGCUGUUCAUGAUGGCUGGCAUGACAGUGUCCAUGUACCUCUUCCGGGUAACUGUGACCAGUGACUCCCCCAAGCUCUGGAUCCUGGUGUUGGGAGCUGUGUUUGGUUUCUCCUCUUAUGGUCCCAUUGCCUUGUUCGGAGUUAUAGCCAAUGAGAGUGCCCCUCCCAACUUGUGUGGCACCUCCCAUGCCAUUGUGGGACUCAUGGCCAAUGUGGGCGGCUUUCUGGCUGGGUUGCCCUUCAGCACCAUUGCGAAGCAUUACAGCUGGAGCACAGCCUUCUGGGUGGCUGAAGUGAUCUGUGCGGCCAGCACAGGUGCCUUCUUCCUUCUACGAAACAUCCGCACCAAGAUGGGCAGAGUGCCCAAGAAGGCUGAGUGAAGACAGUGCAGGCUCUGGAGCAUCCUGUCCCACUUGUGGCCUCUCCCCUCCAUGGGGGUGGGGGAAGGGAGGGAGGGGACUAUCUGACUAGCACCUUUGACUUUCCCUUUCUGCUCCCUUUCCCUCAUCCAAGUGGCACUGGAAGUUAUCAGUGGCUAAUGAGGUCCCACCUUCCCAUCUGAUCUCUAUUUAAAAGACCACCUUUGUUCUUGGACUCCAUUAGCUCCUAUUUCCUGGAUUCAAAGAGGAAACCCCUGCACUCAGGGAGUCUCCUAUAUCCUUCUCCCUCUCUUGGGCCCUGCCCUGUCCCCAUCCCACCCCAUCCUCACCUGAGGUGAGGCUCCUCCUGCAGCAGCAGGGCAGCAAUGGCCUAGGACCUCUGCCCUGAGGCCUCUCAGCAGGGGGCAACUGCUCAUGCCAAUACCUUGGACUCCAAGGGAAGAGGGUCACUCUCACCAAUACCCAGGGUACAGUAGGGGGGUAUGGGUGGGAGAGUAGAAAGGUUUGUUAUAGAAAAUUAAAACUAGAUUUGAUACUAAA